AUGGCUAAUUCUAACUUCCAACACUUCACCUCCAUUCUCCUUAUACUUUUCUUUAUUUCACCCACUUUCUCUCAACAAUCUUUCAGACCAAAAGCCCUUGUUCUCCAUGUCACAAAAGAUGGCGAAACAACCCUCCAAUACACAGCUCAAAUUAACCAAAGAACCCCACUAGUCCCAAUAAACCUCGUUGUUGAUCUCGGCGGCCAGUUCCUCUGGGCCGACUGUGAAAACCAAUACACCUCCUCCACAUACCGCCCUGCAAGGUGCCGCUCCGCCCAAUGCUCCCUCGCUAAAUCAAACAGUUGCGGCGAUUGUUUCUCAUCGCCAAAACCCGGCUGCAACAACAACACAUGUGGUCUACUCCCCGACAACACAGUCACCCACACCGCCACCAGCGGCGAACUCGCUGAAGACGUUUUAUCAAUCCAAUCCACCAACGGCUUCAACCCUGGACAAACCGUCGCCAUUUCACGCUUCUCCUUCUCCUGCGCGCCAACUUCCUUACUUAAAGGACUCGCAAGUGGUGCUUCUGGCAUGGCUGGUCUCGGAAGAACCAAAAUCGCUUUACCAUCUCAACUAGCUUCUGCUUUUAGCUUCGAUAGAAAAUUCGCUUUUUGUUUUUCCUCUUCAGACGGCGUCGUUAUCUUUGGUGAUGGUCCUUACGGUUUCGCCGCCGAUGUUCGCUCAGCCCCCAAUGUUGUAUAUGAUUCAAAAUCUCUCACCUACACGCCGUUAUUAAUCAACCCCGUUAGCACAGCUUCUGCUUUCUCACAAGGAGAGUCUUCAUCCGAAUAUUUCAUCGGAGUAAAAACAAUAAAAAUAGAUUCAAAAGUGGUUUCAGUUAACACGAGUUUGUUAUCUAUAGACAGUAACGGUGUUGGUGGAACGAAGAUAAGUACGGUGGAUCCUUACACGGUUCUAGAAGCUUCUAUUUAUAAAGCAGUUACAGAUGCUUUUGCGAAAGCUUCUAUUGCAAGAAACAUAACGAGAGUGGCUUCGUUUGCGCCUUUUGAAUUUUGUUAUAGUUCUGACAACUUGCCUGCGACGCCAUUGGAUGCGGCGGUGCCUACUAUUGAGCUUGUUUUGCAGAAUGAAAAUGUGGUUUGGAAGAUGCUUGAUGCGAAUUCGAUGGUGUUUAUCAAUGAUGAGGUUUUGUGUCUUGGAUUUGUGAACGGUGGUGAGAAUCCGAGGACUUCGAUUGUGAUUGGUGGGAAUCAGUUAGAGGAUAAUCUUUUGCAGUUUGAUUUGGCUGAGAAUAGAUUGGGUUUUAGCAACUCGCUCUUUGCACGAAAAACUGAUUGUUUUAGAUUCAACUUCACCUCCACGGUCUAG